AUCGCUCCCCAGUCUCCUAAUAGCUAACCUAACGACAACUUUUCGUGGGCAUUUUGAAACGUAAAUUCAUUAUCACACCGCAAGACAUGACUUGUGACUGUGGGCAGUCACCAAUUAGUUCUCAAUUACUUCACCAAUAAUUAAUUAAAUUAAUGUUAACAGGCAAUAGUACUACAUGUUAGUCAUUUUUAAACACAUUUCAUUCAUACGAAUGCAAAUAUUAUCAAGAGACACUACUGUACACACGUCAUUCAUUAAUCCUUUAAAGCAGCUCGUCUAAAUUAUAUAUAAUAAUUCAGCCCGUACCGCGAAGAAAACACACCACUUCACCGUUACGAAGAUCAAGUGGUUGACGAUGUUUAAGGACAGUUACAGUUUUACUGUGUAGGAGCGUGGGAAUGCUUUGAAAAAAUUUCGCUAAGUGUCGAACUCAUUUUUACGUAGAAUCUUUCUGCAACGAGAAAAUAUAGUUCACGCGGAGUGAUACAACGUUUUACGACAGACUGCGACCACGAACGGCGGACAACAAAGGACUUGUUCUCUACAGCCAUUUCGUGUAGCAGAUAUAAUUUUUUCUGGAUUACGAAAGAAAAACUUCACACAUUAUUAACCUCGAAGCAUUACUUCCUUCCGAGUUAGUCCAGGAGUUUGGACGAUGGUUGACACCCAAGGUUACGCAGACGAGCAAUUCUGACAUACUUUCAUGUCCGUAAUGGAAUUAAAUACUAAGGACCAGCAGCAGGUAGAUAUGGCUGAAGUGUUGAAUCUACGAAAGAUGAUGAACUGUUUGGAGCAGCAUAAUGGUUUGCAACUUGCCGAUGCUGUUCCUAGUUUAAUGGAGGUGCUGAAUAUGAAUUGUGCAGCCUUUAAGUCUCUGAACAUUAACUCACUUGUUCAGAUUGGAUAUUAUGUUAUGGAAGAGGGCAAUGUUCAUCACAAAGAGAAUAAUGAAUAUAUAUCAAGACUGUUAUAUUUUUAGUGCUAAAAUGGAACGGCCAAACAAUGAUUCUGAAUGCAAUUAUGCACAUAAAAACCUCCAAAGAACUUCUGAUGACUACACACUUAAGGAAAAUCAAUUGCCAAUGGAAACUCCAAAUGACGUGCAAUCGUCAGGAAAUUUGACCCCCACUGACGAUCUGUCACCAUGUCUAAGUGAAGACAGAUCACCGAUGGUGACACCAAACACAACUCAAGAUUGGACGAACGAAGGAAAUCCAGAAAGCACCACUCAUCAGGAUAAAGCAAAUAACGAGAUACGCUCGAUUACGAAACAUAAUUUACGAGACGUCACUCAAGAUUUCACGUGCCUUCAAAAUGCUGAGGAUACUCUAAAACACCCUGAAACAAUAACUGAAAGCAGCAUCUCGCAAGAAUCUGAGCGUAGCUCAUUUACCGAGGAUCAACCACAAGAAACAAUGGAAGAUGAACCCACACAAUUACCCUUUGAGCUAUUGACAGCAGCAGUUCCAGGAAUUGAAGAAGAAAAAAUAAAAACUUUGUUUGCAGAACUUCCUAAUUCAGUCAGAAAAUACGAGAAUUCGGCACACGAAGGAACCACGAAAGCAGAAGUGACGGAGGAAAACAUUCGAAGUUGGGUUGAUGUAUCAAUGCUUAAGAAACAUGGUGAUUCUGACUGGGAAAGGCCGUCAAGAUAUCAAAGGAGUAAAACUGUGCACAGCGAUGAACUGAAACCAGACGCAGAGGAAAUUCAACCAAGGCAUGAUACUUCCACUAAAGAAAAGAAUGUUAUGCAACCAAUCACAGUCAAGUUCCUUAUAAACAAAAUAAACACAUUCACUUCUGCUUUUGAGGUACAUACGUACAUGAAAGAGGUGAAAGCGACAUUAUCGAGAACCUUUCAAUGUCAACCAUCUGAUCUACAAUUGUUCAGAAAUGGAGCAGUACUUUCAGACAAUCUCGAAAUAUCAGAGUUGGGAGUUGAGCCGUACGGGACAGUGGAAAUUGAGAUAAAAUCAAAGGGGUUUUUAAAAACUGAGAAUAUGUACGAUGUCCCAAUUGUGCCGGAUGUUAUCACGGUCAGAGUCGAAUCAGCAAAUGAAGAAGUAAGAGACAUUGUGGUUGAGAUUGAAAGCAGAUGCAUAAGAAAGCCAUUUGUUGGAGGUUACAGACAUAAAACAAGCGGAGCAGAGUAUCAUCACGCUUUUACGCAAACACCACCAUUACACCUCAAGGUAUCAGCAGGAGGAAAAAGAUCUUGCGAUACCCAAACAGCAGAACGCAAAGAGCAGCAGCAAAAUACCACGUGUGAUGUGGCAACGCAGAUGUACAAAGCUGAUCACUAUGUACCAAGCCGAGAUGACAGAAUACUUGAAGCAAACAGGUAUAUAGAAGCUGACGAGUUCGAAAGGCUUGGUGACUUGAAUGCAAGGGCAGUUAUCAUUCAGCGUCACUGGAUGGGGUAUAUGGCUCGGAAAAGGUUUGCAAAGAUGAAGAUGGAGCACGAGGAGUAUCUUAAAUGGGACAGAGAAGAAAUCUUGAGAUCUGAAAGAGAACUCGAUGAACAACUAAGAAAAGAAACUGCACGUAAAAUAUUCCCAAGGACAAGGGCCGACUAUGAAAUGCUCUACGCUACGGUUGAAAACUGGCGCAAGGCUGAAGUUAAGCGUAUAUCAAACAUAAAAAUUGAUGCUGAAAAGAAAGCAGAGUUUUGUUUGUUGCUCAAGAAGGAGAUUGAAUCUCUUAAUACUAUUGAGAGACACAGACUUGAACUCAAGAAAGAGAAACUGGCAAAGAAAGAAUUAAGUAUUAUUGAGAAGUGUGCCACUCCUAUCACAUGGCUAGGGUCCAAUGGGAAAGAAGUAUCAAUGGAAACUGUGCACAUUCAACGAGCAAAAGAAUUGAAGGAACUGUAUUAUAUCAUGUGUAAAGAGAACGUCACAGCUAAGGAGCGAAUAGAACUCUUAAUGAGUCUGAAAUAUGUGUUGAAAUCAUACAAUCCCAAGUUGACAAAUGAGUUAAUUUCAUUAUUUGAAAGGGAAUGCAAUUCUCUUAUGCACGGCGUGAAAGCUAAGGAUUUAGCCACCCUUCGACAAAGAACCCAGAAACUCUUCAUUGAACUAAUGAAAGAUCCAGAAUUUAAUCCUGAAGCAGCCAAACAUGUGGCAUUUGACUGGAAAGGAAACGAGGGGAAAAUGCACUUCUGCCGACAGUGUCAGAGAUUUAAGGUGUUCAAUGAAUUUUCAUUCUCUGCAAAGACACAAACGUUGGAAAAAUGCAUUUCCUGUGCCUGGACAGAUGAGACAGCCAGGUCCAGAAAUGACUUGGAAUCUUAUCGAUUCAUGAUACGUGCUCUCCGUCGAGAAGAGAGGAGACUAAAAUGUUUCUCGUCACUAGCCUUCAUUAUGCAGGACAAGGACUUCUACAACUUAAUAGUAAAUAUGUGGCAAUGUCACUCUCCACUGAGUGAGGAAGCAGACCCAUAUAAGCUCUGCCUAGGUCGAUGGGAUGUGACAAAAGACUGGACGCCAUGGAACUGUGUUAUCCUUACCAAUGAUGAGAUGAGGGCACAUGUUAAUGUAAAAAACAUUAAGGAGACAUAUGCACAAAACUUCAUAGCUGAUGUAGGACUCAAGCACAGGAUGGCCGAAAGGAAAUUUUCUCAUCUGUUUAAGUAUGACAAACAGUACGCUGCAAGUGGAAAAUGGUUUGCUGUGACAGACGCCAAGGGGUAUAAAUCACAACCUCAAUAGUUCUGGCGACAACAGACUGAAAGAACUAAAGAUUGUCUCCACUUCUGUCUCUCAUGCUUUCUGCUAGAGCAAUUGUAAAAUAACAAGCAUUUUUUUUAGCACAAACUAUUUUUAAAAAUAACUACAGUUCUAAAAUGCCUAGUACAAUGCCAUGUCUCUCAUGAUUUAUGUUAAAUUGUAGAAAAUAAUGGAAAAGGAGAAAAAUAGUUUUCUAGUGCCACUUCAGAACUUUACGUGCCACAGAAUGUCAAAAAGUUUAAUCAUCUAAAUUCUGUAGGAUUUGAGGUUCUCGCCGUGGUGAAUACAAAGACGGCCAUCUUCUGGGUAGUCUGGCACUACAACCCAGAGGCCAGCCACAUUUAUGUAUAUUAUGAAUCAGACAGAAGAAGAAUAAGAAGAAGAAACAUCUGUUACAGAAAAACAAAGAAAGUUAGUCAACAAUAAUCAGUACAAAGUGCCUAAAAACAAACAAUUCUAUCCUCCAACGCACAUGUUAGAGGAAGACAAAAAGGUACAAAAUUAAUACGCUUCGUUCAUUAAAAACAGUUACAGAGUACUUGAAACAUGUCCACAAGAAUGUUAUUUAGACAUUAGGUCAGAACUGGGUAAAACAAUACCCUCACGAUGAACCUGCAAUAAAUUUAACGCAUAAAAACCUA